AUGAACGGUGUAAAUAACUUUUUGACGGGUGUUUUAUGGGGUCAAGAAGUCGAUGGAAAAUGGGAAUGGAUUUCCAACGAACCAUCAUUACGUAAACCAGAAGCGUACCCGAAUAGUAUCACUUAUUUCAAAUAUUUAGAAAAUCAAGUUGUUAAAGUUGCAAUCGACCGAAAAAUGUUACGUGAAAAAACUGGUAAUUUUGUUAAUCAUGAAGGUGUACGGUUUAAACCUUAUUAUGACAAAUUAAUCAGAUUAUUACUUUAUAAUGAAAAAACGUCGGAAAAACGCUUUCAUGAAGAUGAAAUUAUCGAGAAAGAAAAAACUUUAGAGACUGAAAAAGAGAAGGAAGAUGAAAUAGAAAUACGACCUCAACAUCAAUCUAUUUUAUAUGAUGAAGCCCUACCAGUGAAUAGUUAUCGAAGUGCUGAUGGAACACUGUAUCAUUACAUACUACCAGCCUUUUUUCGUCUGAUUCGGUAUUUACAACGUACGAAUCGAGAAUAUGCUAUUAUAUUGCGAACAAUGGGUGAUGACAGUAUCAAUUUUUUACAAAAUGCACAAAAUGUCUUAUCAAACCAACAUCCCAAUUUUUUGUUUGAAAAAUUGACUAAUGUGAACUUAAAUCCUGGUAGAAUUAGACGAACAGGAAAAUUGAGAAAAGAGGAUGAAAAAAUUACGUUAGAAUUACCAAAUCCCCAUGAUCAAGAUGAAUUAUUAUCGAUUGAUGAUGAAGUUGAAAUAAGUCAUAGAUUGAAACAAUUCGAUGGUAUUCAUGCGAUCAAAGAUGAUUUUAAUUAUUGGUGUGACAAUGACUAUUUAUAUUCAUCAAGCAAACCGAUUUGGUUUGAUCCUGAGAAAGAUAUUGAUGUCCAUGAUAUAUUAUUCGAUGAUAAUUUUCGUGUUAUUGAUCCAAAUGAUUCAGUUGUUGAUAUUCGAUUGAUGAAUGAAAAUACGCAACGAUAUAAAACAGUUUCAUUUGAACACUAUUCACAAUUGGAAAAUGUCUUUGCUGUACAAGCAGAUCUAAUGGAAAUAUUAGAAAAUGAAAAUUAUUAUAUUGAAAAAGUUGAAGAAUGUGAACGAAAUUUGGCUGAUUUAUUAAGUAAUACUGAAAUUUUGAAUCGAAUGCGAUAUUGA